AUGGCAUAUGUUCGCACAGCUUAUCGACUUACUCACUGGUCUGAUGCUUUGCUAGUCCGAUUUGCUUCUCUUUCCUCACAUUACACAAAAUUAGCUAGGCUUUCGCGGGGCGUGACCUCUAGUGAUAGCAACAAAGCUAGGAAAUGUAUCGCCUCAUUCCCUCUACUGGCUGCCUGCGCCUCGGAAAGAGUUCCAGACGUACCACAACUACCACCUAUCGAAGAUGCCACUCUUGCUCUGAACGCUCUCGGCGAACCAACGUUCGCUUCUCUUGGCCUUAAUAGCUACUGGCCAUCCGGAUGGUACCAAGCAGUUCUUGAGUUCUUGCACGUGAACCUGGAUCUUCCCUGGUGGGCUGCCAUAGCGACAACUACCGUUGUCAUUCGUCUCUGUCUGAUUCCAUUUGUGAUUGAUCAACGCCGAAAACUGGCAGCAUACACAAACGUCAUGCCGCAAAUUAAUUCUUUACAGAAUCGGAUGACAAGAGCUCGAGUCACUUCGGACUAUGUUGAAAUGAUGAAAGUUUCCCAAGAACUUCAGCACCUGAUGAAAAAUAACGACAUCAAUCCACUAAACAGCAUGCGUCUUGUACUAAUCCAAGUUCCAAUUUUUCUCUCUGUUUUCGCUGGUCUUCGGGGAAUGGCCCAGUUGCCAGUGGAGAGUCUUCAGACUGGUGGGCUCGGCUGGUUCGCUGAUCUGACUGUCUGCGACCCCCUCUACAUUCUCCCACUAUACAGCAUGUCAUCCAUUUUCUUGAUGUUUGAGUUUGGGGCCGAUAUGUCUUCCCAAGGACUCACACCAGGUGUUCGACUCGCAAUGCGCGUCUUUCCAGUAGUGGGUUUCUUUAUGAUAAUGCACAUGCCUUCGGCGCUUCUUUGGUACUGGUCAAUCAGCAACACGAUAUCAAUUUUACAGGCCCUCACAUUGCGCACCAAAUCCGUAAGGACGUACCUAAAGUUCCCUGAAAAGGUCGAACCUCCACCACAACUGAAAAACAGGAAGGGCUUUGUUGAGGGCUUCAAGGAGUCAAUGAGCAAUUCGAGGUUGCUUGCAGAACUGGAGGCUCGCGAACGGACGGACGCCGAACGCUGGCAGAAGGCAGGAAUGGGCGCAGUCCCAAAGACCUUUGCUUACGACAUCACAACUCGGAACAAGAAGCCUAUUAUCAAUGCGAAGGGCACUGUUGUCUCCGAGAAGAGCCGCUCCUAA